UCGACAAUUUGAAAAACGCAUUUGCGAAUUUGCAAUGAAAUAUUCCGUCCAAUAUUGAUCAAAUCGUUGAUUGUGAAUAGACGUGAUUUAGUAAGCAUGUUUUCUAGACAAUUAGUAACUUCGGUACUUCUGCUCUUUGGUAACUUUCUCCUAAAAUGUGAAGCUAAAUCGUUUUUUAAGCAUGGAGCCACGAUGAAUGGAAUACAUUUAAAUGACAGCGAGUUGAUAUUUGCUCACGUUGUUUAUCGACAUGGCGAUCGAACCAUACAGUAUGGUUUCCCAAAUGACCCAUGGAGAGAUGAAGAACAUUGGCUUUCUGAAGGGGGAUUUGGAGCAUUGACACGUGAGGGAAAGAGGCAACAUUAUAAGCUUGGUCAAUAUUUGCGUCGAAGAUAUGGAAAAAUACUAGGCGAUCAUUACUCGCCGAAUAAAGUUUAUAUAAUAUCAACGGAUAUGGAUCGCACUUUGAUGUCAGCUCAAGCGAAUUUAGCUGGUUUAUUUCCACCACACGCUGAUGAAAUUUGGAACGAAUGUAUUCCAUGGCAACCGAUUCCUGUUCACACCAUUCCGGUGCAAUCAGAUUAUGUCUUAAAUCAUCUCGCAGCUUGUCCAAAAUACGGUGUAGCUUUUGACAAAUUCAUGCAAGAGUCACCAGAAGUGCAACAAAUUUAUACAAAAUACGCCGAUAAAUUUGAGUAUUGGUCAAAAAUGAGUGGAGCUAAUAUUACGACAAUCAAAAAUGUUUUCGAUCUGCACAAAACACUCUAUAUCGAAACUGUGCACAAUAAACCAUUGCAAAAAUGGGCCCAAAAGGAAUUUAAGAGUGGAGUCAUGGAAAAAAUAGCCAACUUUAGAAUGAAGCUGGCUACGAAUACAAAGGAAUUGGCACGUCUAAGAAUUGGGUUUUUGUUAAAAGAUAUGCUGGAACGAUUCGCCCAAAAAAUCAAUAAAACGUUGAAACCAGAUCGUUCUAUUGUAAUUUUUAGCGCGCACGACUUAACAAUUGCAAACAUACUAAAUGCGCUUGGAGUUUUUAAUCCUCAUGUACCACCGUAUGCUUCGAGUCUACAUUUUGAACUCUACAAAAAUAGUGAAAAUGAGCAUUAUAUUCAGCUUUUCUACCGCAAAUCUAAUGAAGAACAUCUGUCUCCAUUAAAUCUACCAAAUUGCGGAACGAUGUGUUCAUUGAAUAGAUUGUACGAACUUUACAGCGAGAUCAUCCCUGUUGACUAUGAGUCUGAAUGCUUUUGAUGCAAA